AUGUUUGCACAAGAUAAUUUGACUUUUGUCAGGAAGCAAAAGUUUAGUAUUCACAGAGCUAGUUCAGCAAUCACGAUAUUUAACAAUGCACAUGCAUUUGUUCGUGAUUCGAUUAGUUUUCAUAACCCAAUCUCACCAGAACUUGCCAAUAAGAAGUACCCAACAUGCAUUUCAGAACAAGACAAAUUAAACAUUUUAAAUUAUAAAGAAAUAUACUAUCUUCACAACAAUUCCAAUACAAACGAAAUUAUUGAAGACAAUGGUUAUAUUUUCUUUAACUUUAAUAAAGCAAAUCAUAUUGUCUUUCGUUAUGAACAGAUAGAACUCUGCGGAAGAGGCUCUUUCGGCACAGUAUUAAAAUGUUUUGAUCACAAAGAGAAAACUUAUGUUGCCAUCAAAAUCAUUGCUAACUCCGAGGAAUAUAACUCACUAGCUGAGCGAGAAGUCCGUUUUUUGGAGACAUUAUCUACCAACAAAGAGACACAAUCGGAAACCCACAUAAUCGAAUUAAUAGAUACAUUCUCUGACUCCAAAUUUACAUAUAUAGUCACAAAAUUCUACAAACAGAACUUAUACGAUUAUAUCAAAUCGAAAUUUGUUGCUGGAAUUCCAUUCCGCGACAUCAGACACAUAGCUAAAUCUGUUGCUAAAGCAAUGCAACUCAUCCACAGCUGUGGAAUUAUCCAUUCCGACUUAAAACCAGAAAAUAUUAUGCUUGAAGGCACAAACCCAUAUAUUAUUGACUUUGGCUGCUCAUCUUUUGAUGAUGAGUGCACAUCCGAUACAGUUCAAGGCUUAUACUAUAGAGCUCCUGAAGUAAUUUUCAACAAUGGCUACAACUCUUCCAUUGAUGUUUGGUCAUUCGGAUGCCUCCUAUUCGAAUUGAUCACAGGAACACCAUUGUUCGAAAGCAAGAACGAAACAGACCUUAUCCGCCAAAUUACAAAAGUUCUUGGCGAUCCAUCACAAGAAUUAAUUAAUUCCUCAAAAAAGAUGAAGAGAUACUGGUUCAGAAAACAGAUCCAUGUUGAUAAUGACGAAUCCCAAAAGAAUUCUUUUCUUGGAGAAUUUCUUGGAAAUACAAACACUGAAAUCAUUAGUGUUAUCAGUGCUUGCCUUAAAUGGGAUCCUAAUGAAAGACCAACAUUCAAUGAGCUCCUUGAAUAUCCAUUCUUUAAUUGA